AUGAUGACGAUGUCGUGCACCGGGAGUCGAACCAUGCAGAGCUCCAGGCGACUCGGUGGUGCGCUCGUGUGCACGCUGAUGCUUCUCAUGCUGCUGCACUCCUGUCCUCUCUCUCAAGCCCAAUUCCUUGAUACCGAAUCUGAGGAGGAGCUGAGCCCCAGAGCCCUGCGUGAUUUUUACCCAAAAGGUCCAAACCUGACCAGUGAGAAGCAACUGCUUGGAGCUCUCCAGGAAGUUCUUGAAAAGCUGCAGGCUAAACGACUGCCAUUGUGGGAGAAGAAAUUCGGCCAAGUACCGACGUGUGACAUUGGGGAACAGUGCGCGGUUAGGAAAGGAGCUCGGAUCGGGAAGAUGUGCGACUGUCCCCGGGGAGCUUUCUGCAACUUUUUCCUGCUUAAGUGCUUAUGAAGCUGCUCGGCUCUCAAUGUAGAAUGUACCAUCAAACAAUUAGAAACUGUCUCUCAAUUCCUUUGCAAUGUCAUAUUUUAUGAAAAGCUGAGGAGCGGGGGGGGCGGGGGGGGGGUGACAGUU